AUGGAUGAAACUCCUGUUUAUUUUGAUAUGGUUGGAAACUUAACUAUAGAAAAUCAUGAUGCUAAAACUGUGCAAAUUCGAACAACUGGGAAUGAAAAAAAUCAGUUUACAUGUGUUCUUACAGUUCUUGCAGAUGGUACAAAAUUACCACUAAUUGUCAUUUUUAAAGAUAAGCAAAUGCCAAAGAAUUUACCUUCUGGAAUUAUU